CGCCUUCCGGCUCUGGACUGCGCCUCUCGGUCACGUGGCUGGAGGACGCCGCUGCUGGGCUGGUGCGUUGGCGAAGUGUCCCGGCGCUAGCUGGCUGCCUAACUGUGACCACACCUUCCUUAACAGAGACGUGAAGUUGCAAUUAUAAACAGGAUUCUGUUGCACUAAAGGAGGAAGGGCAGGCAGUGAGCCCCGAGGUAUCCAGUAUGGAGCCUUGCUGAGUGUGGUGCAGAGACUUCAAAGGGUGGACACCCCAGUUAGAAGGUCUAAGUGUGAAGGUGAGAGAUAAAGCAGGUAAGUGGACAGGGAGAAGUUAGCAAUUUUAAAAUGGGUGUCAGGAAGGGUCCCACUGAGAAGGCAAGACUGAAGGAGCUAAGGCACAGCUGUGCAUCUGUCCUGGGAAAGAGCAUUCCUGGCCCAUCUCCCACCCCCCCCUUCUCUGCCCCUGUAGAGAGAGCACAGAGCUCUAGGGCAGGAAUGCCUGGCUUGGUCCAGAGUAUCUUGGAGGCCAGGGCCAUCAGCCUGAGGGCCUGGGGCAGAGGGAGCCUAGGGCAUUUAGCCAAUGAAAAGGCUUUGGUAUUUGCUCUGGUUGCAUUGAAAAAUAGGUUGUGAACACAAAUGCAAUCUGACUUUAGAAAGAGAGGUGGGGCACCUUCAUCCCUCCCACAUAUACUAACUGUCUGCACAGAAAUAGCAGAUGAGGCAAGUUGGGGCUGUGGGAGAAAGGGGAGGAGUCCCUGUAACCUCAACUGGAUAAAGGGCUGUGAAGGGGCAGACACAGAGUGGUCUCAGCCAUUGGCAGUCUGAUUUUUCAGAGACUUUUUUGAAUUUUCUAUAGCUCUUAGGCUUGUGAAAACAGAACCCUUUCCUGUAUAAGCUUGUGCAUCAAGAACAUGCUGUUUCCUUAGCAGAGGCUGAUCUGCUUUAUCCCGAUCAGUAGAUUACUGCAUUAAGGAAAAGCCUUUCCUGCUUCCUUACAACUCACUGCCUCCUUGAAAUAAACAGUUGGAAUGCUUCUUACCUAACAAGGUCUGAAAUGUUGAAUUGGAUUGCAUCUGUGUGCUGGUGCUUCUCUUGGAUAGUCACGCCUGCAUUAACACAAACGUGAACUUUUUCCCCCUGGGAAAACCCAACUUUCUUUCACUGACAGUGUUUUAACUACUUUUCUUCUUAACUACAGGGAACCAUUUUUUCCUUAUGGUCAAUAAGGCAUCUGGCUGAUGAGCAGGGUGGCGAGGCCUCUGGAGCCUGUGGGGGCACAGGCGCAGACCUGGGAACCCGAGGAUGACGAUAUGGCAGAAGGCGAUUUAGGGUACGGCCUCGGAAGAAGGCCCGGCGGUAUUUGUGAAGUGCAAACCUCACCUUUUUUUACAUCUAGAAAAAUAUCAGGUGAAAGGAACUUUAGCCCUCCCCCAUUUCCAGGAAAGGGGGAAGAAAGAACUGGUGCUGUUUUUCAAUAUUCCAGGCCUAAGGGCUUGCAAGAUACACACCCCUUCGGGUCCAGAACAUCCCAUUGCAGACAACAGAGUAGACCCGAUUCUAAUUCAGAAUUAUCAAGUGUAGAAUUAAAGCAACGUCUUGAUGAAACAUUAGAGGAGGUAGAAAUUUUGAAAACUGAACUUGAGGCAUCUCAAAGACAACUUGAAGGUAAAGAGGAAGCACUGAAAAUCCUUCAAAGCAUGGCAAUAUUUGGCAAAGCCACAAGUCAUACCCAGGUGGUACUUCAAAAAACUAUGGAACAAAAGAGAUCCUUGGAGAAGGAACUAAAUGCCUUGCAGUGGAAAAUAGAAUUUGAUCAGAAUAGAUUUAAAAAUAUAGAGGAAUCUUGGACCCAAAAGUAUGACAGGCUCAACUGUGAAAGGGCAGUCCUCAAAGAAACUUUGAAACUAAAAACAGAAGAGAUUAAAAUGCUGAAGUCUGACAAUGCAAGUUUGACUCAACAGUAUUUGGAAGCCCUUGCUAUGCUUGAUAUCAAAGAACAGAAGAUGGUUCAGGAAACCACGUGCAGGGAUAAAAGUGACUUUACAGAGGUUUCAGGUCUUGAGCUUGCCGUCCUUGGAGCCUGCCUUUGUCAUGGUCCUGGAGGGAACCCCUGUUCCUGUGCCAAAAUGGCAGCAUCUGCUCAGAAUAUGCUUCUUCAGGUCAAGCAAGAGCUGGAACUUUUGCAGAAGAGUAAAGAAGAAGCAUACAUAAUGGCAGAUGCAUUCAGAAUUGCCUUUGAGCAACAAUUAAUGAGGAAAAAUGACCAGGCACUAAGAUUAACACAAAUGGAUAAAAUGUGUAAAAAAGAAACAAAAUGGAUAAAUUGGAAGCAAGUUCAAGAGAAUGGAUCACUAUCACAAAGGACUAAGAAGACCUUAGGGCAGAGACUGUUGGGGAUGCUCCCUUCUGAAAACAGUUCUAAGAGGACUGAAGACCAGGAUAAUCCUCGGGAAGUCUUUAAAAUGCUAAUAGAUUUGCUGAAUGAUAAAGAAGAGGCUUUGGCUCAUCAGAGAAAAGUUAGUUACAUGCUUGCUCGGGCAUUGGAAGACAAAGACACAGGCUCAAAAGGGAAUAACAGCAAUUUUCCAUUAAAACCUCCGCAGCAGAAAACUACAGAGCUCUCUGUUUUGCAUGAUCCUGUACCUUCAAGUGUUCAAAUUUUUAAUUCUCUGGGCUGCAUUUGUCUACCCCAGCAUCUUCAUAUAGGUCAAAUUGAUGCAAGAACUCUGAAAAGAUCCCAUUCUUUGCCAUCAAAUAUCAUGUUUGGAAGACAAAGCAGUUGAAAUUAGAACCAAGAACUGUUUAUAUCAAAAGACUUUGAAAAAGGAUUGUGUAAACAUUGUAACAUAUUCAGUUGUAUAUUUUCUGGUUAUUUCUAAAUUUUAGGAGGCAGCUUAAAUACUCAAAUGUUUCCUACAAGAAAUGUGUUAGUAUUCUGUGUAGACAUUUUAUUUAUAAAAUAUAUCACUAUAUUUUUAAAAUUUUCCAAUAUUUACCAACAACUUAAAAACAAAAAUAUUAUUCUAUUGGGUUAGCCAAAAAGUUUGUUUGGUAUUUUUCUGUACGAUGGCUCUAGUCGUGCUUAGCUGUCAACUUCAUUCGAAAUAAUUUUGUUAGAUUACUUUUUGACAGCUGUCAUAUCAAGGUGUGUUUUAAAAAAUCUUACAAAAAUUGGUGAAUUUUGGUGUAGCCAUUUUAAUAUUGAAGAUGGAAGAAAAUAUGCAACACUUUUGACAUAUUAUGCUUUAUUAUUUCAAAAAAGGUAAAAUUGCAACUGAAAUGCAAACAAAGAUUUGUGCAGUGUAUGGAGAAGGUGCUGUGACUGAGCAAACAUGUCAAAAGUGGUUUGCGAAGUUUCCUGCUGGAGAUUCUCUCUGGAUGAUGCUCCACAGUCUGUUAAACUAGUUGAUAGCGAUCAAAUUGGGACGUUAACUGAAAAAAUCAAUGUUAUGCAGCACAGGAAAUAGCUGACAUACUUAAAAUAUCCAAAUCAAUAAGGUUAUUACUGAAAAUGAAAAAUGUCUUUUUAUUUUAUGGAAAAAAAACUAAAUGAACUUUUUGGCCAAACCAGUAUUUUGAGAAAAACAAAAAGUUAUUUAACUAUUUAGAUUGAAUAUGGGGAUCUUUGGCUCAAGCAACAACAUAAUGUAAAUUAAUCCUCUAAAAAAUAACAAUGCCUAGGAGUGAACGUAUGUUAAUUUUGGAAAUACACUUCUUUUGUUUUGUGUUUCUCAGGAUUUUUCCUUUGUGACAUAAAGUUUAAAAUAUUUUCCUUAAGUUAACCUCAGUUAAAAGUUACUAUGGUGGGAAUUUGGUAGAAGUAUAUUCAAAAUCAUAGCUAGUUCGCUUCAUAGUUUUGUUUUUCCUCCAAAGUGGUGACAGUUUGUAGCCAGAUCUACACAAAAUUCUGAUGCCCAUACCAGUCUGAAUUAAGUUCUUGGUUUUGAUGCUAAAUUUUAGAUCACUUAAUUUUCUGUUUCUAUAAAUAUUACAUAGUAAUAAUCUUUAAUUCCUUUUGGGAAUAUUGCUAUAUUAGUAUCAUCACAUUUAUGUUGAAGGAAAUGUAUUACAUUGUCAGCAGUUAUAAUAAAACUUAUCUAAUUGAAGAUCUGAUGAAAAGAUAUGGCUUCACUAAAUACUACUUAAAUAACAGAGUAUAAGGUAACAAUAUCAACAAUACAGUUGUGUCAAAGGGAGAGCAUUUAAUUGGCAUUAGUAAAUGAUAAAAGCUGAAAACUUGGCAAAUAAAUGUUUAAAAAAAGAUAUGAUGAAGAGCUAUUGUUAUCAGAUAUUAAAAUAUAUUGUUCUUCCCUGACUGGUGUGGCUCACUGGACUGAGUGACGUCCUGCAGACCAAAAGAUCCCUGGUUCAAUUCCAGUUAGGGCACAUGCCUGGGCUGCGGGCCAGGUCCCCAGCUGGGAGUAUGCAAGAGGCAAACAAUUGAUCUAUCUCUUUCACGUUGAUGUUUCUCUCCCUCUUUCUCCCUCCCUUCCCGUUUCUAAAAAUAAAUAAAAUCUUAAAAAAAAAGUUCCCGACUAAUAAUAUAAAACUACAUUAUUUAAAGGUUUUAUCUAUUUUUAGAGGGGAAGGGAAGGAGAAAGGGGGAGAAAUAUCAAUGUAUGGUUGCCUCUUGUGCAUCCCCUGCUAGGAACUGGCCUGCAACCCAGGCAUGUGCCCUGACUGGGAAUCGAACCACGAUCCUUUGGUUUGCAGGCCCAUGCUCAAUCCACUGAGCUACGCCAGCCAGGGCUAAAGGUACCUUAUUUUAAAGCAGUGUGAUACCAGCAGGUCAAAGGAAUAGGAAAAAGACCAUACACAGAUCUACUAUGUAUAAGAAUUUCAUAUAAAAUAAAAGGUAAGAACCCUGGCCAGAUAGCCAGUUGGUUACAGCAUCAUCCCAAUACACCAAGCUUAUGGGUCUGAUCCCUUGGUCAGGGCACAUAAAAGAAACAACCAAUGUAGGCAUAAAUAAGUGGAUAACAAAUUGAUGUUUCUUUCCCCCCCCUUUCCUUCUCUCUCAAAUCAAUAAAAAAUUAAGGUAAGGUAAGGAAAGGAUCUGGGAUUAUCUAAUACUAAAAUUAGAAACAAAAAAAGUCAAAUUACAAAAACUAGAAAAGUUUUUUUUUUUUAUUUUUUAAACAUAUUUUAUUAUCCCAUUACAGUUGUCCCAUUUCCCCCUUCAUUCCCCUCCACCCUGCAUACCCUCUCCCCCGAAAGGUUAUUUUUUAAUGUGUGUAUAUGUGUAUAUCUGUAUGAAACAAAUUUAUAUAAAUGGAUAUUUGCAACACUCCAAUUGGGGUGGACAAAGAAUCUGAAUCAACAGUUCACAAGAGGGAUUAAUACACAGAAAUCAAAGAUAAAUUAUGGUAUCAAAUUAGCAAAAGAUCACAAAGAUUAUGUAAGUGGUAGAGAUGAUGAGGUAAACCAGCUAAUUUAAUGCAGUGUUGAUGAAUGUGUAUUUGAGACCCUGUAUUCAGUUUUGGGGGUCUCUACUCUGAAGUGAAAUGGCUGGAUUAUAUGGUAAUUCCAUUUUUAAUUUUUUGAAGAAACACGUUUUCCGUAGCCUGCUGCACUGUCUUACUUUCCCACCAACAGUGUGCAUAAGGGCCCCAAUUUCUCCACAUCCUCACCAAGACUUGUUAAUGUCAGGCUUUUUAAAAUAGUAGCCAUCCUAAUAGGUAUGAAGUAAUAUCUCAUUGUGAUUUUCGCAUUUUUUAUUUUUAUUUAAUUAUUUUUAUCUUUGUCCAGAGAUAAGUUUGUUCACUGAUUGCAGAGUUCGAGGAUGGGGGAGAGAGAAACAUCAGUAUGCUGCCUCCCACACACACCCUGACCAGGGAUCAAACUGAAACUUAAGUGUGUGCCCUGAUUGGGAAUUCAACCUGUACCCUCUGGUGUAUGGGAAUGACACCUAGCCAGAGCUCACUGUGGUUCUGAAUUGUAUUUCCCUAGUGAUUAGUGAUGUCGAGCAUUUUUUCAUAUGUUUAUUUGCCAUAAUAUCUCUGGUGAAAUGUCUAAGUGUUUUGCCCAAAUUUUAAUUAGAUUUAAAAUUUUUUUAAUUGGAUUUUUAUGGAUGCUUUAUAUAUUCCAGAUAUUAACUCCUUAUCUGAUAUAUUCCAAUUUGUAUAUUUUUAACUUUUGUUGCCUGUUCUUUUGAGGUCAUAUCCAGGAAGUCCUUGUCAAAUCUAAUAAGGUCAUGAAGCUUUCUUCCUGUUUUUUUAAAGUUUUUAUAGUUUUAAGUCUUAUGUUUAAGUCUUUGAUCCAUUUUGAAUUAAAUUUUGUAUAUGGUAUAAAGUUAAGGGCUUCAUUUUUAAGAACUACUGAACAGUUAGUUACUGGGAGUGUAAACUGAUACAACUACUUUGGAGAAAUAUGGCAAUAUCAACACUAAUUAAAAAUGCAUAUAAAUGUUCUUGUUUUUAAAUAAUUGUGAAAAACUGAAAAUAACCUAAAUAUCCAUGUGGCAAUACACUAAAGAUGACCUUUCUCAUAAUUCCCAUCUAGGGAUGGGCUAGGUAACUGCCAUAAAGAGAUUUUUAAGAUGUAUUUAAAAUCCAACAGAGUUGACCUUAAUAAAUGGAUAACCCAAUCAGGUGUGCACCCCAACUCCUGUUUUUCAAAGAGCACAGAGUUCUCUCUUGGUAGCAGAUGAGGAAGGCAGACAAACUGAAGCACUGCCACUGGCUUGCAGAUGGAAAGUGCCACGUGACGAGGCAUGUGCACUGCCCUGGCUGGCAGCUAGGAAGCGCAGGUGGAACAUGCAUUAAAAUAGCAUGAACGAGCUGGGAAGCAGAGUCUUCCCUAAGGCCUCAGAAGAUUAAGACCACAGUCUGACUGAUACCUUGAUUUUGGCCUAUGCACUAGACAUAAUUAAGCCGUGCCAGGUAUCUAUCUGACCUAUAGAACUGUGAGCUAGUAAAUUUGUUUUAAUUUAAACUGCUACAUUUAUGAUAGUUUUUAUUAAGCAAGAGAAAAAUAACAGUCCAUAAUUGAGUGCAAGUAAUUUAUAUAUACAUAUAUUUACAUGGAAGAAAUACGGAAUUUAAGUUUUCAGUGAAAAAAAGCUGCCGUAUGAGAUGUACAGUUUAUCACCAAUGUAAACUUCUGAGACCCAAAACAAUGCUGUUCACUAGUAUGUGCAUUAUUCAACAGCUGUGUAAAACCACGGGAGGACACACUUAACUCCUGCGAGCCGGUCCCCUCUGGGAAUCGUGAAAAGGAAGAAACAGAAAUGGAAUGACGUAUUAAAGGGACCUCAAUUUUAUCUGUAGUAUUUUUUCUUUUUUUCCUAUUUAGGAUAUUAACAUUUGUUAAGUCUGGGAGUACAUUUUGCUAUAUUACUACUCUUACUGUUCGGCUUUUAAAUACUACCCUUGCUACUACAAAUUUGUGAUGCUAUAUGGACCAGAUCAUCAAAAUAACUGACUGCAUUUUUUAUUGAUUCUACAUU